UGCGGUGCGUGGCGGCGGUGUAAACAAAGACCAUUUGUUGAGUUUUAUUUUAUAAAAUCACCCUCCCCUCCCGGCACUACUCCCCAUUGGCCAUGGCCUGUAAAUUUUAUUAUUUCGGUUUCGGCAGCAACAUGCUGGCACGCCGCAUCCACAUACAAAAUCCCACUGCCAAGAGAAUCGGAGCUGGAAGACUAGAGAACUACCGCUUGGACUUUCACACAGGAUCCAAGAACUGGCUGGGCGCCCCUGCCACGAUUGUGCCCACAGCUGGAGCUCAUGUCUACGGCGCCAUAUGGGAGAUUGACAUGUGCAAUCUGAAGGAUUUAGAUGACCAGGAGAGUGUGCCCGAUGGCGUGUACAUUCCGAUCAGUAUCCCAGUUCUCUCGCUGACCAGCAACACAGACAUCAUCUGCCGUGCCUAUCACCUGACCAACCAGCCGCUCAUGGAGGUGCACGGGCAGAGCGUUCCGCCAGCAAGUAUUCCCCUGAAUCGACAGCCCUCGCAGACGUACCUCAAGGUGCUGGUCAAGGGUGCCCAGGAGACGGGCAUACCCGAGGACUACGUCAAGUGGCUAAGGGGGCUCAAGCACAAUGGCAAUCAGGUGCCCGCCAUGGAGAAGAAACUGGAACUGGACGAAGUGAAACUUUCUUGAAAGCUAAAAAAACUAGAGAUCUGAUCCUUUUAGGCAUAUUUUUGUAGGACAUUUCUAAGAUUUUUCCAUGGUUUCCAAUAAAAUUAUUUUCCAAAAUCAAAGACAUUUAACAUUCCUAAAAA